AACAAUGAGCUCAACACAGAAGGACCAACAUGGAGCGAGAAGUCAGCGCUCUCAGGAGGCCGACAAACCUCACAGAAGAAAGAGAGAGAAAACAUACACCUGUGAUGAGUGUGGGAAGGAUUUUACUUCAAAGUGUUUACUAAAACGUCAUCAGGUCAUCCACACUGGAGAGAGACCGUUCAGCUGUGACUUGUGUGGAAAGUCUUUUUCCUUGAAGGGUUCCCUAAAAACACACCAACUCCUCCACAGUGGAGUUAAAGCGUACAGCUGUGAUCAGUGUGACAGAGCUUUUACUCGCAGUAGCCACUUACAGAGUCAUCUAGUUACCCACUCUGGAAUUAAGGCAUACAGCUGUGACAUUUGUGGAAAAACUUUCAGCCAGAGAGGGGACCGAAAUAUACACCUACGCAUUCACACCAGACAUGAUGUGUACUGCUGUGAACAGUGUGGCAAACAUUUUACAACAAACCAGAAGUUACAACACAUGUUUACCCACACUGAGGAGAGACCUUAUAAAUGUGACCUGUGUGAGAAGACUUUUAAAUCUCCACAUUACCUGAGACGACACCAACAGAUCCACACCAGAAAGAGACUCUACAAGUGCAGUUACUGUGAGAAGCAGAGCGACACAGAUGGAUCCAGUUCUCAACCCUGUCAUCACCGUGGUGGUGGGAAAGACUUUCAUUGUGACCUCUGUGGAAAAACUUUCAGUCGGCAAGACAACCUAAAAACACAUCAACGUAGACACACUGGAGACAAACUGAAAUACUGCAAAGAAUGUGGGAGAAGCUUCACCACAUCAUGUGACUUAAAACGCCAUGAACUGAUUCACAGUGGGGUUAAAAAGCACCUCUGUGAUCAGUGUGGGUCAUCCUUCAACACUGCAGGUGAGCUUAAAACACACAAACGAGUCCACACAGGAGAGAAACCAUACAAGUGCAGACACUGUGACAAAAGCUUCUCACAAUCAAGUGGUCGUAUCUAUCAUGAACUCAUCGCCAACAUGGCGAAGAUGUGA